AUAUAUAUAUAUAUAUAUAUUCAACAAAUAUAUAUACACGAUACUGUACAGGUAGACAUGCCCCGUUUUUGCUUGUGAUGGACAAGGGGGGGCUUUCACACGGCAUGCGUUCUUGUGUACAUCUGCGCUGUUUUUAAUAGUUUGUCUAGGUUAACAUGCGCUAAACUUGUGUGUCUCGCUCACAAGAACGCAUCAUGUGUGAAUGGGCCCUAAAUGGGGACAUUUGCAGGAAUUUUAUCAUCUCUUUGAUUGCCUGUAUUCAGUUAUUGUGCUUACUACUGUACUUACAGUAUGGUGCUUUGUGAAACAUUUUUUACUUUUAUUUUGUCAAUCGAACAGAACUAACCUUACACAAGAGAGUUUGGGCUCAUUCGGACCGGUUUGUCUUGGUUUAGAUGAAGUUUGUGUUCUUUAUUCUUUGCUGUUCAUAUUAACCAGCACUGAAAACUUAGAAUGUAAUACUGCAUUAUGCACUAAUUUACGACUGUUUUAACAUUAAACCUCAUACUUAGAGCUUAUAGGAAACUGCAUUGUUGUGCUUUUAAAUUGUGUUGUACAUUGUUUACAGAUUAUGUUAUUUUAAGAUGUGUUCUGGGCAAACAUGUUUUUCAUCUUGACAUCUUAAAUGCAAUGUGUAAGAGACACAUUUUUUUGAUUGAAUGACUUGAUCGGAGGCAUUUUUGUUAAGUAAUCUGAUUUGUUUCAGGUAUUAUUCUUCAACAGUAUGGUGCUGUACCAAAGCCUUAUGUAAAAUACUAUGAUGUAUUGUUUGAUUCAUCUGCCACUGCUAAAGAAUCUCCAAGAAAUUGUUAUAAUAGACAAAACUGAUUAUGAAACACGGUGCAGUUUGCCUCUAUCUCUCUCCUUACGGACAUUCAGUGUCUGCUCAGAUGUUUAGAUAUGGUGCCUGGUGUGUCUUCAUGCUGCUAGGAGUAAAUGUUAAUGAUGUUUCCUAUCUCUACAACCAACAUCUGAAGUGUGACAUUGACCUCCACAAUAACAAGUUGGACACCUUGAUUCAGCAUCUUGAUAUUUGAAGGGACAAACCUGCAUUAAGAACUGGCAUUUUAAAGUCUAAAGGAAAAUCCAGUUGUAUUUUUAUUUUCAUUAUUUUUGUAUUAUUUAAGUUUUCUUUACAUCAAGUCAAAGUAAAAUAAAACCCCAAUCAAAAAGAAAUAUGCUAUCCUGACAAAUGAAUUGUACCUGAACAUACCAGACCUAGAAAUCAUACAUAUGAGGACAUCAGAUGCAAAAGCCACUAAAUGCUGACUAAAAAUUUGAUUUUUAACUGAAUGCACUGUUAAUGUUUUACUAAUUUUGCACCAAUUAGGCCUACAGUAGGAUUUGUGGAAAGAUGUGGAUUUUUGUUAGAAAUGUUUGCAUGCACUUAGAGGGUUUUGCUGUGUGAGACAGUCAAAUUACUUAAAUACAAAUUAAGAAAUUACUAAAGUGACGUUUGUGAAAAUAAGGCAUUUCAAGUAUGACAUAAUCUUUUCAUUGCCAUUAAAGUGAAAUUACAGAACUUAAACAUAAGAAAGAGAGAUGGGUUUUGCAUGUGAACUCCUCAUAUGAAGUGUAAGUGCUGCCCAUAUGUAGUUCUGUAUAGUGGAGCCAUUCAAUUUACAUUGUUUACAUCACCUGAUGCCCAGAUCUGCUCGUUUUGGCAAGCUAUUAGGUUGACAUUUUCAACGCUUUGGUCCAUUUAAUAACCCCGUUAAACUUUUUGUAUUUUGAUAUAAUAAAAAAAUAAGAGUGUUUACUUUGUGCGAGUGAUCUUUUGACUAAAUUCUCGAAUUGACCACUAGAGACCGCUGUUGCGUAGUGUUAACACAGACGUGACAAAGGACAUUAACUUCUGUUUUUUCACAACACAUUAACCGAAAAGCCUCAAAGGGAAGGUGUUAAAUAUUUUACCACCAUGACUUAUACGACUGUCAUCGAGAAAAAUAAAUGUCCAUCCUGUUGUAAAGUCUUAAAACAGCACAACUCCCUCUCCCGCACCCUUUUUUUAAGUAAUUGACUUAACGUUGAGGCGAUAAGCCACACGAGUUCAAAGUCCUGACAGACAACACCCACAAUGGACACAUAAUUUGACAAUUAACAGUUACCUUGAUAAUGGUGAAGAAGAUGAGACCAAGUUGAGACGGUUAAAAUCCUUCUUGGUCCUGGCCACGCCCCCAAGCACACAGGUGACUGACGACGACGCGUGAGGAGAACUUUUUCCGUGUCUUGCCUAGAGUACUAACGAGUUCAUUCAUUCAUGUUCGUGUUCAGAGUUUCCACAUUUACUCUUCACAAAAUGUCGUUUUUUUUCUUGACAAGACUCUUUUGACCUACCUUUUCACAUCUACGCUGACUGAUGGGUUCUAGAUCAUACACAACUUUAAGGAUUUCGAUUUACGUGGGGAGUAACGCUGAAAUAAUCGCAGAGAGACGGGCAGCUGUUGCAGUGAUUCAGUAUCAUGGAGGCAUGCAGCGGGACUGUAGCAGCAACGUACAACAGAGCUCCAGCAUCGCUGAGAGACGCAUGCGAUCAUAAUCCCUGUGAAGGGCCCCACCCAGAAGACGAUGAGGGGGAGGAAGAUAGGAGCUUUCAGCCAGCUGAGACUGCAGGCUGGGAAGACGCCAUUGCUGUUAUGGCACGAGGGGCGUCGAUGGUGCCUGAUCUGCCUGCAGAAUCUUCUCUGCGCUCAUGUGCCAGCACAGCCAGCAUGAAGGUCAAGAACGUGAAAAAACUCGCCCUCACCAAAGGCCAUUUCCCACGGCUGGCAGAAUGUGCUCACUUUCACUAUGAGAAUGUUGACUUUGGCUCUGUGCAGUUGUCUUUAGCUGAAGAUCAGAAGGACCUCACACAAAGUGGUUUCGACUCAAAGGAGGUGGUGUAUCUGGUUCAAAUCUGUUGCCAGGGUCGUAAGUGGAUAGUGAAGCGUUCAUAUGAAGAGUUUCGUGUCCUUGACAAGCACCUCCAUCUCUGUAUCUAUGACAGAAAUUUCUCACAGCUUCCUGAACUGCCCCGCGUAGACGUACUGAAAGACAAAGCCGAGACGCUUUUCCAGAUGCUCACCGCAUACAUUUCCAGAUUCUCAGCUAUCGCUGAUAAUAAGAUUAACUGUGGGCCAGUACUCACAUGGAUGGAGAUUGAUAAUAAAGGGAACCACCUGCUGGUUCAUGAUGAAUCAUCUAUUAAUGUUCCUGCUGUAGCUGCGGCCCACGUAAUAAAACGCUACACUGCCCAAGCACCAGAUGAACUCUCUUUUGAGGUUGGAGAUAUAGUAUCAGUGAUCGAUAUGCCUCCUAAAGAUGACACAGGGUGGUGGAGGGGAAAACAUGGUUUUCAGGUGGGAUUUUUCCCUUCUGAAUGUGUGGAAUUAAUAAGUGAGAAAAUCCCAUCAAACGUGACCAACUCAUUGGCCAAGCCAGUGUCCAAGAAACACGGCAAGCUGAUCACAUUCCUGCGCACAUUCAUGAAAUCGCGUCCCACCAAGCAGAAGCUGAAACAGCGAGGUAUCCUGAAGGAGAGAGUGUUCGGAUGUGACCUCGGAGAACACUUGCUUAACUCAGGCCAUGAUGUCCCACAGGUCAUAAGAAGCUGCACUGAGUUCAUUGAGAGACAUGGAGUAGUGGAUGGGAUUUACCGCUUGUCUGGGAUUUCUUCCAACAUUCAGAAACUGCGUCAUGAGUUUGAUUCAGAGGAUGUUCCUGAUCUCACCAAGGACACUUAUGUCCAGGACAUUCAUUCGGUGGGAUCGCUGUGUAAGCUCUACUUUCGGGAGCUGCCCAACCCACUGCUUACCUACCAGCUCUAUGAGAAAUUCUCUGACGCUGUUUCAGCAGCCACUGACGAGGAGAGGCUGAUCAAAGUGCAUGAUGUCAUACAGCAGCUGCCUCCACCACACUACAGGACUCUUGAGUUUCUCAUGAGACAUUUAUCCUGUAUGGGAACUUACAGCAAGGUAACCAACAUGCACUACAAAAACCUUGCUAUCGUCUGGGCUCCAAAUCUCCUCAGAUCUAAACAGAUCGAGUCUGCGUGUUUCAGCGGAACCUCCGCCUUCAUGGAAGUGCGCGUUCAGUCUGUCGUUGUGGAGUUCAUCCUUAAUCACGUAGAUGCCCUCUUCAGUCCCAAACUCAGCACUUUGAUCCGCCAGAGCACAGGCCACGCUACUUUAGCUCGGCCCAAGACUCUGCUGGUGAGCUCUCCUUCCACCAAGCUGCUUUCACUGGAGGAAGCCCAAGCUCGGACCCAAGCCCAACUCAACUCUCCUGUGUCUCCUGACAGCAAGUAUAUUGAUGUGGGAGAGGGCCCUGCCGCCCUCCAGGGCAAGUUUCACACGGUCAUAGACUUUCCGUCUGAGAGGAAGAAGGGUUCAACCAAGUCCAAAAAGUCUCCGGUUGGAAACUGGCUUUCUUUCUUUAAUAUGGGAAAGUCCUCUGCUCCUUCCAAACCCAAACUACAAAGACAUCCUAGUGAGCCCAAUGAAAUGAAGACCACGCCUCUGCCAGGUGGUAGAGGAGACACAGGAACGCUACGAUCUGCUAAAAGUGAAGAAUCUCUUUCCUCUUCGCAUAACUUUGAGGGUGGAUCGAAUGUGUAUCGUCCACGCCGACCCCUUUCCACCAGUGACGCUUUAUCCAUCUCAUUUAAUGAGGAGCUGCUGGACAGCCGAGCGACUGGGGACUCGCGGUUCAGCCUCAAAGACCUCAAGAAGGACACUGAUGCCUCUUCCUCUUGCAUGCCUGCCCUCAUAUCUCCUCCCCACCCUGCGGCGGAUUUGGAGUUUAUAGGCAUAGCUUCUUCAGAUGUAGACCCACUGGCCUUUAAGUGCAGCAUGCAACCGACUGAUCCCACCGUAUCUGAUGGAAAGAAAAAAGGCAGUCGCAAGAAGGCGGGAGGCAGCGUUGUUGAAAGCAAGCUUUUUGAGAAAGUCACCAGUCCGUCCCUGCCACCUGAUCUCAUCCCAGUGCGCUUGGAGGAUACAAAUCACAACUCCUCUAAAGUGCUAGCUGCCCCAGAGGUGAGAACCUCUAAGACUGGCCAGGAAGGAACCACUAGGAGUUCAGUGGCUAAAACUGUAACCAAGUCCUGUCCAUCCGACAUGACGUCUCUUACGAAAAAGCCUAGCGUGUCCUCAAAAAGUGACGGAGGACAUCAGCGAUCUGCCAGCUUCUGCAAAGCAGAAAGUAAAUCGGCAAAUGUCAAGGAGCACAGAAGAGCAGAGUCAGGUACAGUGACAUUCGAAUGCACACCCGGCUUGGUGAGGUCCGUCUCUCUCAUAACACCCCAGCCUGCGGUAAAGAACGCUGCUCGUAUGCUAGCUCUGGAGCUACACGAGUCCGCCCAGCAGGCCACUCGACUAAGCAAACGUGGUAGCUCUGAACCCCCUACACCCGUUUCUCCAGUUCACCAUCACAACACGCUGUUCACGCUUCAGUUUCCUCCUCAACAUCCCCUUCAGGCAUCUUCUGAUAGAGAGGGACAGUAUGUAGCUAGGACUUUCCCGGAUCCUUCCAGCACCAUGUCUACCGAGAGCCACACCGAUGCGGGCAGCCUGCGUAGCACCUGCGCCUGCCACGGCAGCGAGAGCGGCCUCAGCUUCUCUGAUGGCUGCGAUGCUUGCACGCAUGGGCCCCCUCAAGGUUUCUCUCCUCGUAGAGAUACAGAUACACAGUUGGUACCAGAAGACCACACAGCUAUGAGAGAGAACAUCCGCCAUGUUGGAGUUGGUACGGAUGGAGGUGGUCCAAGCCAGGAUGAUAAGAUAGAAGUGUAUGAACGUUUGCAGCCUUCGGAGAGAUUCUCCGAGCAAAUGUCUUUGGACAGUCAGUCAGCCAUUGAAGCGCUACACAACAAACAGGCGGCUAAUGCCGCCAACUUCCGAGCCAUUUUGGCGGAAACGGUCGUGCCUGCUUCGGUGCACGAAGUUCUUCCGCACGCUUCAGAUUCUCCUCCAUCCAAGUUAGUCUAUCAGUACCAACCAAAAGACACAAGGUCUGCUCACUCCCAACACUGGUCAAGCUCAAUAAGACAAAGCACGCCUUAUUAUCAGCCCGAAGAUGGGCAUCCCCAUCCCAGAGUUCUCUCAAGAAACUACUGCAAUACGCUCGCUCCACGAUCCCUGCACCAGUCUAUUAAAUAUAAAGGUCAAAGGGAAGAAUACUCUUCAGUUGGUCCCUAUAAACAUGGAGGGCCAAGGUAUCCCCCACUAGAUGGAGCCUCCGUAUAUCCGACUAUACGCCGGGUGCGCUCCAUGCACGCUCCCCCGGAGGACAAGUUUUACUUCCUUCAGCGUCAAGGCAGCCAGUAUAAACCUUACCCAAAGCCACCACCAUCAGACAUCCGACCUUACUUCGAAGAUGGGAAAGUUCGUUACAGGUACAGCCCUUAUUCGGAAGCUCGAUACAAUAAAGUGGAUCAACACCGAGAAAACAGUCAAGGAUAUACUCUCUCUUACACUUUAAGCAAACUGCCUUCUCGUCCAUUAAAGGUUAUGGGCGGCACUGAAAACUACCGCAAGCCUCAACACAACCUGCCACUGAACAAUGAGUCUGACUUUAUGACCAGAGAUCUCCAGCCAAGAACGAAGAAUCCUCCUCUAUACGAGGCAUUUAAUUCUGGUUUAUCUGAUCGUCAUUUUAGCCAGUCCAUUAGACGGGAAAGCUCAGCCAAAGAGAGGUCGUUCGGUCCAGUUUUGCCUCAGUCCCAUGUUGGAAGAAGCAGCCGGCAGUGCCAGGAGACAAUGCACACUAGGAGCAGAUCAAACUCUGGAAAAGAGAUGCUGAUCUCCACCGAAGGGGCUGAUGGGAAAUACAGGGUUACCAUGGUGUCUCAUUACUCCCCAGAGCACACCCUUUCUGAUCCCGAUAUGCCUACACCUUAUCAGUCAGACCGCUACGGUGGCGGGCAAGGAGCCAGAUCGGCUUAUAUAAUGAAGCAGAGUCGGUCCAUGCACAACUACUCCUCAGCACUGCCCCGCAACCUUACCCUUCAUAAGGAAUACAGCUGCCCGGAUUUUAAACAGACCGGUUCCAGUGAAAGCUAUAAACUGACACACCCAAACCAGGACAGACUGGUGUAUAACACCCUCAGAAACUCUUUGAAAGAAGACUACCGGUACAUGACCAAGGAUUCUCAAAAGUCUAAGAGAUCUCAAAGCGUAAAAACUCGCCAUACGCCUGCUCAAACCAGAAUCAGUCUGGAGCGAGAUCACAGACAGUCAUUUUCUUCCCAAAGUCGGACAAGGACUCGUAGCAUGCACGUGCCAUCUCGCUCCGACUACUCGGAAAGUUACGUAUCGGUACACGCAAAGGUCCCCAAGACCAGUCGAGCCGGAUCUGGCGCUUUCCCGAACUAUGGUUGCAUGCCACUUCAUAAUAAUAACAGACUUUACUCUACUGCUGUGGGCCAUGCAGGGUUUCAUCAGACAGAGCUCAGACCUGAGAUGCAGAUUUAUGCUGAAUAGGAGAUUAUAAAUAUAACCUCUGCAGGGCAGUGGUUUUCUAUUGCUAAUAAGAUUAAAAUAAUAUUUAACAUUUCAAAAUAAAAGUUAAUAUUUAACAUUUCAAAAUAAAAGUCUGAAAAAUGCUUUGAUUGUUCACUGAGUGGUUUCGAUCACUGUAUGCACUGCAUAAAUUUAGGGGAAAUUACACCUAGAUUGUGGUGACGGAUUCCUGUGGCUUUAUUGCUGCUUUGAUUUGUUAAGGUGUAUCUUGUUAGUUUUGUCAUUUUGUCACUAGAGGUCACAGUUCACAAAAAAACAUGAUCUUUAUUGGAUAGGAAAAUUAACAAUGGCUUUGAACAGGUGCAAUAUAUAUAUAGGUGCCACUGCCUUGUGUUUUUAAAGAGUGUAGUUAUGUAGUACCAUCACUGUGGAAUCCAAGCAUAGUUAUAUAUAUAUGUCAAUAACAUCAGCAUAUAUAGAUCUAACGUCUAAAUAACUAAGAAAGGUCAUGAAAGGGAGAUCUGUUUUAAAUUAACCCCCAGUAUUUUCUUCUCUGCAUUUUAUAAUCACGCACUUUAUAGUUGGUCUGUGUUUUCAUGUAUCAGGCACUUUAGUAUGGUCAUUUUUACACAUAUUUCUUUGUUUUCUUUUUUUAGAUAAAAAUGUAUGUGAUCUGUAAAGCCUACUGGUUUACUAUUGGCUGUAGUAACCAUUAAAUGUUACAUAUGGGAAUACAUGUACUGUUUAACAGUUUUCAAAUGUGUACUGUUCUUAAUUCUAGUUGAUUUUAUGCAUUUGUAUUUGUUAAUACUUUUCAUUUUCUCUCAUUAAAGUUAUUUAUUCAAAAUCA